AUGUCUCCGAAAAAAGGUCGCUUGGUAGCUGGCUGCCAACGGUGUCGCGUCCGACACCUAAAAUGCAAUCUCAAUGACCUGGGUUGCGAGCACUGUCAACAAGCUGGGGUGGAUUGUGACCGAACCAAUGUCCGGUUUCGUAGUGGUUUUUCGUUGUCAAAAGAGGCCGAGAUUGCCUUCUCAGAUGAGAGCUGCUGGCCCCAGCUGCGUGGCAAAGUGCGCUUCCAUGAUGAGACACCCGAAAUCGCUAGCCUAUACUCGACAAUUCAGAAUGAUCAACCAGCUCAUACCAACGACGGUGAUUGUAUCUUUGCAGUCGGGCGGAGAGAGGAGCCCUAUAUCCUCAAUGGCCUACUAGCACAACAACCAUGCGCAGCUAAUGGAGCCGAUGAGGCAGAUGCCUCGACCAGAUUCCCGCCUUCUACAACAGAAAAUGGGUCACCAUUUGCUCCAUUAUUGUCUUCUCCGGGAUCAAUCAAAUCUCGAACAUCAUUCAAGCCUUCGCAGCCGCUAAGCAAAAGGGAGGCCAUACUGUUGAGGAAUUUUGUUGAGAAUAUGGCGCUCUGGGCUGAUAUCACGGACCCCCAACGGCAUUUUGAAACGGAGGUUUCAGCUCGGGCACUCAAGGAGCCUGUCUUGCGCUACGCAAUUUUUGCAUUUUCUUCGCGCCAUCUUGACCGACAGGGCAACAGCGAUGUAACAGAGGCAUUGCAGUACCAUAACUGCUGUGUUCAACUACUCAUUCCAGCACUUUCUGGGUCUCACGAGCACAUCACCGAAAAUAUACUAGCUGCGGUUGCUAUACUCCGCCAGCAUGAGGAAAUGGAUGGAGAGGACAACCAAUUCCAUCUCACUGGCACGACUCACAUUCUGAAUACAGUGACAACCUUUGGGUCUUCGGGUGGCGUGGGUGAAGCUGCUGCUUGGCUUUGUUUGCGGCAGGAUAUCUAUAUCUCGCUGACCAGCCAACAGCCUUUGCGAACUAGCCUACAAAGCUUUUAUCGCUCAGAUGUGUUUCAAAGAGACGAUGAUUUUGCAUGGUCAAGCAGAAUGGUCUUCCUACUUGCUAAUCUUCUCCAGGGUGCUUUCACAAAGUCCACCAUGAUACAUGGCCUAGAGCAGAGGAUCGAGGAUUGGUAUUCUACCAAGCCACAUACCUUCGACCCGGUGAGGUCAGUCCCACAAGCCCCCGGGCCAGAUCAACGACUCCCUACCAUAUGGAUGCUGCUACCCGUGCAUGUGAUUGGUAUUCAAUACUACCACAUUGCCAAGAUUAUUUUGGCGCUCUCCGAUCCUUCAAGGACAUCCUCCACCUAUGAGAGUUUGCGACAUUCCCGAACAGUGGAGAAGAAUGUACGCCACCAUCUGCUUAUGGUCAUGGGAUUGGCACAGUCCAACACGAAAGCGGAGAACACGUUGUUUACUGCACGUCAUAGUCUAGUUGCCUGGGGCUGGGUCCUACGAAAUCCCCUCGAUCAAAGGGCUGCCGAAUCAUUAUUGCAAGCCAUGCAUGCAAGGACUGGUUGGAAUAUGAAUCCCCUAAUCCAGACAUUGCGCGCGCAAGCAAGCGCAAUCUACUUCAACGCUGCGUCUUACCCCCGCAAAUUUAACCUCACGCUAGUCAAAGCGGAUCUUGUCUCGGCCCUGAUCGCCCGUGACAUUCACAUUGGCGCCUCAAUUCUUGCAGCAAAGAUGAAUACAAUCCUCGGGCUGGUCCCCAGAAGUCUAUGGAAAUCCGAUUUCUCAAUUGUCACCAAGUUCUAUUAUACACCCAUGCACAGCGCACAUUCCUCAUGGGCCAACACAAAAGAGAGCAUAUCUUCAUCUACAUAUUGCGCACCCCCGCCUUCCUACAAUGACGUGAGCGGCGCCGUGAUCAUAGGCCAAGAUGGCAAGCCUCAAUUUCUAUCACCAGAGGAAGAGGUGGAGCGACAACUUCGACUACAGCAAGCGGUGCGCGAGAAGAUGUUAGGCUUACCACGAACGACACAGUUCGAAUGGCACCAAGGAACAUCAGGGACAUCAGCAUCAACAGGAAUCACAGGAACUACAGGAUCGGUGGAUGAAUUACAACUACCGCCGUAUACACCUCGAGAAAAGAAAUGA